CACAAGUACACAAUAACACCAUUCUAUUGUCAAAUUUGAUUGAAGAAACAAACAAGAAUAAUAGACCCAACAACAAUUACUCAACCCACAAACCCCACCAAAUUACAUGGAAGGUAAAAUGUUACUGAUUGUUGUCGUCGAGCUACUCUGCGCAAGUCCAAUUUUCUAUAUUGUACUCCUUCUAAAGCCCUUCAUUGAAAUUAUUCUCAUGUGAAACUAUGUCACUAUUACAAUUAUGGUGGCUAGGUAAGUGGUCUUGUAGGCGCCUUCAAACAUCACAUUAUUUUCGGCCUAUGUCUGCGGCUCAUCGAGAGCCUAUUAUUUUCAACCCUAACUAUGAGAACGGACGUAAUCGGUUAACCGCCUAUCCGUCGUUUAGUAAUUAGCUAAAUUUGGGAGAAUCGUCAUUUACUGUUUAAUCGAUUAUCGAUAUAACCGUUAACCACCAAUUCCAGUUCAAUUAUUAGUUACACCGCUAACAAGAUAGCCUUUUACAAGCGCUACACCGUACACACUAACACUCAACUCUAUAUCCUACAACACUCAAUCCUAACCACUAAAACUUAUUUAAUUAUAAUGAACAAUCAACAAUUUCAAUUCAUCAAAAUACCACCGUAGUUUAAUAAUAUCAGUAAAGGUAUACCUAGAAGUUUCCAUAUGGACUUGCAUAAUAAACUAUGAAGUUAUGUAUUUUGUGAGUGUUUACCGAAGUAUUCACGUCAAUCGAAAGAGAUCUCCAUUCUUCAUUAAAAAAAAAAACCACUACAAUGGAAAAUUCAGUUGUCAUCUUCCUCAAUUUAAAAUUAAAAAGAGAGAAAAAGGGAGAACAGUAGCAAGUGCUUUCAAUAGAGGUGUUAUAUAGUGGCAAAACACUCCCCACUCCAAUGUCCAGCAGCCACCUUUCCCACUUGCCAAAAACCUCUGCUUUCCUUUCCUUUCCUCUCCUCUCCUGGCCUUCUUCUUCCCGACCUUCCCUCUUCGAUCCCAUCUCCACCACACAGGCACACAUAGAAAUCCAGAACCCACAUCUCAAUUCUUCCUCCCCAAUUUAAGAUUCCACUGUAAAACCGCCCAAAUCAAAGACUCUGUUUUUUUCUCGGAUUCUUCCUCUCAUAUUCUGCCCUUCUUACCUCCCCCACAAAAUCUCGCCUCAAUUCCCGAUCUGGGUUCCUUCCUAAGGUUGAAAUCGACACAAAGAGAUAGAGAUUUUUAUUCUCCUUUUGAAAUCCCCCUCCCUCGAUUCCCCUUUUCCCAGAUUCUCCACACAAGAAAAGGCAGAUUCUUCAGUAGCCCCCCUCCUCUGUUUUCUGAUAAAAAUCCCCACUUCCCCCUUCCUUCUUCCCACACUUCACCAUGAAGACUCCGUUCCUUCUUUGAACCCACCAAAAGAGAGCAAAAGAACAGACACAAAAACGAAUCAGUAGCCAUGGAAGCUCUUUACCCGCAUUUCUACAUGUCGAGCCACCACCUGCUAAACGACAACAGCAGCAGCAGCAGCCAGAGCUCGGAGUGGACCAGAGAAGAGAACAAGGCCUUCGAGAGCGCUCUGGCUCUCUACGGCGAGCACGAUCCGCACCGCUGGCUCAAAGUCGCCGCCAUGAUCCCGGGGAAAUCGGUCUCCGAUGUGAUCAAACAGUACAGGGAGCUGGAAGAAGACGUGUGCGAGAUCGAAGCUGGGCGCGUCCCGAUCCCCGGUUACUUGGCCGCGGACGACGACGCGGCUUUCAGCCUGGACCUCAUCGCCGGGCCCGACUUCGUCGAUUCGUACAGAAAGCGGCCCAUGGGCUCCACUAAGACCUCCGAUCAGGGCCGCAAGAAGGGCGUCCCUUGGACUGAAGACGAGCACAGGCGAUUCUUGAAAGGGCUGCUGAAGUAUGGGAAAGGGGAUUGGAGGAACAUUUCUCGAAACUUCGUGGUGUCGAAGACGCCAACUCAGGUGGCGAGUCAUGCCCAAAAGUACUUCAUCAGGCAACAGCUCUCCGGCGUGAAGGACAAGAGGAGGCCGAGCAUCCACGACAUCACCACCGUCAACCUCUCCUCCGCCGUCGCCGACAACAACAACAACAACCAUGGUACUUUAUUCUCGGACGGCAACAAGAGAUCGUCGUCGACGCCGCACAUCGAUCACCUGCUUUCCCCGCCGCCGCACAAACUGGCGUGGAUGGACUGGAACCACCACCAUCCCAACGCCGACUUGUUCAUGAUGGGUUCGUCCCCCUAUGACCAAAACCUGUAUGCAGCCGCCGCCGCUCGCCAUACGGCGGCGUUCCAGUUUUCGGCGGCUCGAAGAAUCCGCAGCUAAGAAGGAGUACUGCUUCGUAGAUUGUCCUUCUCUGUUUUUUUACUAAUUAGAAAUUUAUAUGCGGAACGGAAACAAGCUGUCAAAUAUGUUACAAAUGUUCUAGUUCUAUAUGCAUGAUAUGAUAUGAUCGAUCUUCUAUGUAUCAACUCUGAGUAGGAUGCCAUACCUUCUUCUCGUCCACAUGAAAUUGGUGCCCAAGAUUUGUUUCAUUACUAUCAAAAUAUUUUUUUUUUUUGUUAUGUCAGAAAAAUCACAUAUUAUGAUAAGAUCAUCAUUGUAUUAGGGGAAAAAGUAGCAGUACAUGAUUUUAAUCUGCCGACUCAUAAGCCUGAUGUGGCCAAACAAGCACCGUCAUCAGUGGCAACUUUUUCAUUAGAUUUCUUCAUGUAAUUACAUUAAAUUAUUUCUAUUUUUUUUUAAUGAUCACUCUAUCUGCUAGUAUUGUUGAUGGUUUGUGGACUUGAGACUAUAUAUAUAAUCUUGUACACGUGUGUCGUGGGUACCCUAAUAAAUAAAAUGAUUUGUACCUAAUCAGAGCACAAAGGUAAUUAGAAUGGUUGUAGUGAAGUGAUUAUUAGGGGUUUUUUUUUGUGUGUUUAAUAAGAUAUAUAUAUUAUGGAUGGAAGCCAAGGUGGCCAAGUUGACCAUUAAAGAAACUGAAAAGAAAAGGCAUUGAAAGAAAGCUGACCAUACCAAAUUACCAAUCAUCAUUUUCAAUUUUUCAUAGUUGCAGCUGAGUCUGCAUUCCACUUACAGUUGAAGCAUCACAUGCUGCUUCAAAAAUCAAAACCCAUAUUCCUCCAAUAUGGAAACGACCGAUCCACGUCGGAAAAUGCAAAGUGCGAUUCUUUCUGGAUUUUAUUUUCACUGCUUUAUUCUUCUCCUUUGCUUCCGCCAAUCCAAAUUUGAAUACGGUUUGUUGUACUGUACCAUGGCGGUCCGCAGCGGCGGAUCCAUAAUAAUGUAGAGCACUUGGUCACAAUAGAAAAGAGAUAGAGAGGAGGUGGGUUGUAACCCUACAAGUACCGAAACAAAUACUUAAAAAUAAAAAAAUUUACAAAUCCUAUACUAACUCUAGAUCUAGAGGUGGGCUGGUUUCUGGUCCGUGGCGGCCCCCUAAACCUGUCACUAGCGAUCGGAGCACGAAACUUGUCUCUCGAAUCGAGAAAUCGAGUACACAUAUUUAGAAAAAAAAGAGUAUGUAUUUUAGUCGGCAUAAUAUAGUCAAACCGUUUACUCGAAAUAUAGUGAUUGGUUUUAUUGGUUUUAAUAAGUAUCGUUAUCGUUAUAUCAUUAGUCGAAUAUAUUAUCUUAUUUUAAUAUUAUUUACUAACCAUAUUCUAUCGAUAUUUGAUAUAUUACCGGUUAAUUGUCGGAUUUGUGCUCUAAAGGGCUUCCCGCUUUGUUAUUUAAUGGACAAUUUCCUCUUUUCCUCCCUGUUGCAUGUCCUUUCUUUUUCAGUACUAAUUUGCAGGAAUAAAGAAUCUUAUAGCUAUUUUAGCUUUAAGAAUAUUAUUAUUAUUAUUCUUAAGGAGCUUACUAAAAGACAAGGAGCACCAAGAGAUUGCAUACACACAACUUUUCCUUCCUUUUACUCUACUCUACGACCUAGCUACCUCAAUCGAAGAGAUACGAAAUUGACUGUGUCCUUUAAUUGUAUGUUACCAUGGAUUUGCUAUGGAAUCUAAAGUUUUGGUGGUGAAGGUUUAGCAAAAAAACACGUGAGGAGUUACUCAAGCUUGAUAUAAAAUUAAUUUUUUACAUAUAAGUUCUAAAAUAUCAAUACAAAUUUACAUUUUGGUGUGGUUAGUGUUGUGGUAUAUGAUACAUGAUUGAACAUCUCUCAACAACUCGAGUUAUUGGGAUCAACCGGUUCUUGACAUGAUAUCAGAGCCUUCUGUGAUCAAGAAGUCUUGUGUUCGAUUCCCUGUGACCCCCAUUUGUUAAGCACAUAGUAUCUUGUCUUCAGACCUGUGCAAACUUCAAGCCCUUGUGAGUGGCUUUCGUUUGAGGGGAGCGUGUUAGUGUUGUGGUAUAUGAUUCACGAUUGAACCUCUCCCAACAACUCGAAUUAUUGGGAUCAACUGGUUAUUAGAAUCAAAUACAUUAUUUGAUAAUAUUAUAUCCAAACUCAGCUACCAAACCUCAAACUCACAUUAUAUCUUAUCAAUUCUCAUUAAAAUGUAUUAAUCAAGUGUUAAGAAUAUCGGUCAAAAUCAUACAUAUCGAAUAUUAAUUAAAGAGCUGAAAACACAUGCUACAGCAAGCUUGUUGUUUGGGGGGAGUGCUCAGUACGUGGAUUAUGUUUACAUGGAUUCUGCGAAAACAUCUCAUUCACGGGAAGUCGGUAACAAACACUAGUCUGGAUUUGAGUUAAUUAAUAUUAUUGUUUGGUAAUGAUUAUCAAGAAGCAAGCUAAGCUUGGUCGACCCAACCAACUUCUUCUUUCCCAGCAGAUCUGUCAUUCGUUCAAAAAGGGGAUAAAAACAAAAUACAGAAUGAAUAACAACACAUAAUGGUGUGACGUCACUAGUUUGGCACUUUUUAUUAAUAAUAACCUGCUUUGCUUUGCACACUUUGUGGGCUUUCUUUCUUUCUUGUGAUAGCUUAGCUAAUAAAACCACCACCAUCAUCAUCAUCAUUCAUCAAUUACGUAAAUAAGUUUUCAGACCACUUUAUUAAUAAAUUUUUUGAUAAUUCUUUUCAUAAAAACUGUUAUUAAUUAGCAUAAAAAAACCCAACCACAUCGAGUUGUUUUGUUUUGCUAAAUCCAUUUUUUAGUCUUUUUUUUUUCAAUCCGAACAUUUCUGUAAAAAUCAAGUUAUUUAGUUAUUAUUUUAUUUCCAUCUGAAUAAUAAUAUUAUGAUUAUAUUGCUUCGUACUCCAAGUUGGAUGACAGCCAGCAUGAGGAAGCCAUCUUUUAAUUUGCCACUCUAUAUAUACACAUUCAUCGUAUCAUAUCAUAUCAUAUGUAAUGGAGAAUGAAAAGAAAGGCCAUUAUUACUGACGUCAUCCAAACCUUUUAUUUUGUAUUUUCUGGCCCAUCUUUCUUCCACUUCUAUUUUCGAAUAUUCUGUCUCAACAAUAAUACUGAUCAAUUACUUUACAAAUCAAAAUACUCAAAACGU